AUGACUUCUCCAUUUGUUUUGGUGAAGAUUCUAAAACUAUAUCAAAAGGAAUAUUAUGAUGAAUAUGUUUUACCUUUAUUACGUAAGCCAAAAAUAACAUUUGAUAUAAAACUUGAUGACUCGUUUUUGAUAACAGAUAUUAGACGCAAGGCUGAAAAUCAUCAGUAUAAAAACAGUUCUGAAGUAAUUGAGGAUUUAUCACGUGUAAUCCGUUUUAUAGAUUGUGGAAAUAAAUAUUUCAUUCAAAAGGACUAUAAUAUCCACGACAAAAUGAAUCAAAUAUCAUUCGUUCUUCAAUCAAACAUGAAAGAGUCACUUAAAAUGAUUAAAUUAUUUAAUGAAGAAGGUAAAACAAUAACAGCAUGGGAUGUACUAUUAAAUCAAUUAUCUUCAUUAACCGUUAAGGGUGUUUGCUUUAAAUCUGAUUCCCCCGAUGUUUUCUCAACGUUUCAGGGUUAUAAAUACAACAUUCUCGAAAAGCCUGAUUACUCAAAAAUUGAGAUGUUUAUGGAUUUCAUUAAAGAAGCCAUUUGUGAUAAUAACGAUGAAGUGUAUAAAUACCUUCUCGGCUGGAUUGCAUCAAUGAUUCAACAUCCUGGAAUCAAGAAUGAAACAGCAAUUAUUUUGAAAGGACUUCAGGGAACAGGUAAAAACAGAUUCACAGACAUUAUUUCUGAACUCCUCGCUGGUUAUUCAUGUAAAAACAUUACUGAAAUAAGUGAGUUAACGGGUAAUUUCAAUUCAGUAGUUGAAAAUAAAAUGUUUCUUGUACUUAAUGAACUCAAGAAUGUUGGUGAAGACAGACUCGCAAACUUCAACGCUUUGAAAUCAAUUAUAACGGAUAAUGAGAUUAGAAUUAAUGAAAAGAAUCAACCCAGAAGAACCGCUCAAAACGUUGCCAAUUUCAUUUUCGUAACUAAUAACGUUUCCCCUGUCAAAAUUGAAGUUGGAGACAGAAGAUAUGUAGUUUUAAGAGUUAAUGGUAAAUUCAAGGGUCAAUUUGAUUACUUCAAGAAUUUAAUGGAUUCAUGCACAAAGGAAUUUUAUGAUAAUUUACUGACAUAUUUUAUCAAUUACGACCUUUUAUCAUUUAAUGUACGAAUCAUACCGAUGACUGAAGCCAAACAAGAUUUAAUUGAAUUAUCAACAAAUCCUUUAGAUGUAUGGAUAAAUACACAUUAUGAUGAAUUGUGUGCAGGUAUGACGUGUGAAAAUGCUUUAUUCUGCAAACCAUCAGACAUGAAAGACAAGAAUUUUCAAAUGAGUAUUAAGGAUAAAUGUGAUAGGAAACAUAGAAGAAUAGAUGGUAAACAAACAUGGUGUUAUGUUUUGAAAGAAGAAAUGAAAGGAUUAUAUAAACAAGUUGAACCAAACGAUGAUGAGGAUUCAUUUACUGACGAUGAAAUACCUGUAAAUGAAGCUUUAUAA